GUAAAGCAUGCACCCAACACAAAGGUGUGGAGUUCGGCUAAAUGUAGGGCCCAAGUGAAUGGAGGCAUUGUACUGCCUUUGUCAGUUGUAGCAUUCAUGAUUACUUUAGCUCAAGUAUAUGUUACGAGCUAUGGACUUCUCGUCGCCGGUUACGGCAUUAGAAUUGAUAGUGUGCACAAACUCAUGAAGGCUUAUGCAAGAGUUUAUUUGUUCGCAUCAUGGAUCCUAGUUGGUGCUGGAAUUCUGUAUACUUCGUUUGGUUUAAAGGUUGACUAUUCUAAUGGAUUGUGUUCAAUCACUCACCCCGCGAUCUAUUCAUCGGAGGACUUAUUUGGCUGGUGCUAAGUCUCAUUACCACAAUGGCUUUUAUCACCACUCUUCCAAAAGUACAAACAUUUUUUUAUGCUGAUGACACAAUGAUAAUUCAUUAAAUUCGUACAACUUAUAAAUUGCCAAGUACUACUAUUAAUAUUACUCUUCCGUCCUAGAAAUUUUGUCAUCUUUGCUUUUUGGGAUGUCCCAAAAAACUUUGUCAUUUUUACUUUUAAUCAAUUAUUUUGUGAUUUCUGUUAUUUCAUUCUCCUCUGAACAAACCUCAAUCACCAAAUUUUUACUUUAUUAUUAUUCGUGCCGG